CUUUUAGGAAGAGCGAGCUGUGAUUGGCUGUCAAAACCAGUUUAAAUAACUGCACUGCAGGUUUCCCUCUCACUGUGGAAGGAAGAUAGACUUUUGGUUGCGCUGAGUCAGAUAGAGGCAUUUCAGUUUGCGUUUGAUCUUAUCUCUGGCUGAAACCAUGGGGUUUAUUCUACGUGUGGUGCUACUAUGGCUGCUCAUUAUGGGAGAGCUUCAGGCAAGCGUUACAUCCCGUGCCCCGGCAGCCCGGCUACCAGCAGAAACUGCCGCAACCCGUGCCCCAGCCUUGGCGGCAACCCGUGCCCCAGCCUUGGCGGCAACCCGUGCCCCAGCCUUGGCGGCAACCCGUGCCCCAGCCUUGGCGGCAACCCGUGCCCCAGCCUUGGCGGCAACCCGGCUACCAGCAGAAGCCCAUACUCCAGCAGCUUGGCUACCAGCAGAAGCCCAUACUCCAGCAGCACGUGCCCCAGCCUCAACGGCCGCAGCCUGGCUACUAGACGAAGCCUGUGCACCAGUCUCAACGGCCGCAACCCGUGCCCCAGCCUUAGCGGCAACCCAUCCUCCAGCAGAAGCCUUAGCGGCAACCCGUGCCCCAGCCUUAGCGGCAACCCAUCCUCCAGCAGAAGCCUUAGCCGUAGCCCGGCUACCAGCAGAAGCCCAUACCCCAGCAGCUUGGCUACCAGCAGAAGCCUAGACUGA